AAUUCCCUUGGACACAUUUCGUGACUCAGUUUCAGUUGUGAAAUUGCCGAAUUCCAAAAAAAAAAAUGACAUUUUUAUCAAUAUUUUUAAUUUCUGGUCUAUUUCUGUGUGGCUCCGCUCAAAAGUUAAUGAGCUUGAGCUCUUUCAAAGGCACAAACGUGAAAAAUAAUUUCAAAGCUCAUGCACCGUACAAUAUUUAUGUGUCCGCCGACUCGGACGCUGAAUUUAUUCUGCAGCAGAUUUUCGUGAUUACCGGAAAUGAGCAGAACGUAACACUCCUCGAUCUCAAAAAAAAUCUUCAAGCUUCCGGAGAAAUCACUGCAUUCCCGGUUCAAAAAUCUGCCUAUAUUACGACAACACUGAGUGAUAAUGAAUUGAAAACACUUAAUGGAGUGAUUUAUCUCAGCUCCAGGAAACAGCGAGCAGACACCAAUUUUCACGUUUACGGUGUUUCUAAAUCUCCAAACAUCAUCCUUAGAGGAAUGGGAAACUUAAACACCACAAUUUUGUUCCUUAACACCAUUAUGGGAACGAAUCCGUCUUCAAUCAUCAGUCAAUGGAGCCAAGACUCUACCGCCCACGCAUAUCUGUACACUGAUUUUCCACUGGAUACUGCAGAAGAAACUAAUACUCAAAUUUUCUCGAACCCGAUGCAUACUGACAAAGCCGAUUUGUAUUUUGCAAAUGUGGAAAAAUUCUCGUUGAGCCUAGUAGCAUUCUAUCUGAAAACUUAUCGAGGUGUCAAUUUCAGCAUUGAACCAGGAUACUACAGUAUUGAUGGAAAAAGAACAUCAGCCUUCACCACUACUGGAUUCUAUAUGAAGCCCCUGGCCAGAAAUGCUAGUACCAUAACUGUUAAUAUCAAGCGAGAUGUUAGAUAUUCUGGAGCUUCUGGUGCAAAUCUUCUCGGACAUGUCCCAAAGCGGGGAAAAGUCACAGUAGGCUUUUAUAACGGAGAUUCAAAAUAUGAAGAAUCAUUCCCUCCAAGUUACUAUUUCUCUCCAUGGAGCAUCCCAUAUAUUGACUUUGAAACUUUCAAAGUUUCAUCCACAUCCUCAAACUCAACUGCUGAAUACUACUUUGUGCAAUAUUUUGUCGCUCAAGGUACUCUGUUCGGUAGUCCAACUUCAGGGCCCAUUCAGACGGCAACUCAAUCCUCCGGAGUCGUCCAAUUAUUCGUGUCAAUGGCUAUUUCAACAAUGUAUUGGCUGUAGCUUUUUGAUGUUGACAUUUAUGGCCCAAUUAUAAUAUUAUUGAUGAAAAACGAUGAAAAGUAUUUCAGCUCACAAUUGCACUUUAAAAUGAAACAUUUGUAAAAUUUUGAAAU